AUGGCCGCCGAAAGCAAACGCUUUGCACUCGCUCGAUCAGCACUUGGCCCUGACCCCUCCCAUCCAGCCCCCGCCCUGUUCGCCUACGGCUCUCUUCUUCUAGAUGAAGUCAUUGCAGCCCUGCUGGGUCGUGUGCCUGAAAACGAGCAGGUAAAGGCCCCGGGCUACCGGGUUUCUAAGCUUCCAGACCAGCCAUAUCCAGGACUCGUCCACGACCCGUCUUCUGACGCUCAUGGCCGCAUAUACUGUGAGCUCAGCCCCAAGGAAUGGGCAAUAUUGGAUUCAUUUGAAAAUCCGCUCUACGAGGUGCAGGUGGUAAUGCUGGAGGAUGGGCGAAGGGCCCUAGCCUACGUAUGGACUGUGGAUCUCCUAAAGGGGGCUUCGGAAUGGACAACCGAUUCCAUGACCGGCCUUGUGUUGGAGAAUUACUUGAAAUGGACAAGAUCCUGGCGUGAAGCCUACGAUGAGCAGGCCGAGGCGUCAUAG